GGCUGCGAUUGGCAGAUCUAUGCGCCGGUGUCCGGGCUGUGCAAUUCCGCUCCAAAGACCAGGAUUUCUGAUAAGCUGCCUCUUCUCAUCCUCGAAUUCCAGAGUCGGACAAAAAGUACGGAUUACAGCCAGUCUUUCUUUUGUGCCACCGAACCGCAUCGCGCCGGAUUCCUUCCCAAGUCUUCUCUCUCUUCCUUGACCCGUUGUGACCGCAUGCCGGGGCGAACCAGGUGGAACCGGCCAUGGACCCCGAACCCAUCCCCCACCUCCCCGCCGAAAUCUGGAUCAUGAUCCUCGAGCACCUGCCCCCCUCCUUCUACCAGCAGGACAUCCGCCGCCUCACCCUCUCCAAACGCUGGUACAGCCUUGCUUUCCCCACCUUCUACCCGCGCAUCGAGUACACGCCGCGCGUCAUCAGCCGCCUGGUGCACCGCAAGACCCAGUCCCUCGACCGGACCCGCGCCCAGCUGCGCAAAAGCCUGCGGUGCGUCAACAUCGUGAUCGAAGGGACCGGUGGUGUAGGCCAACCGAACCAGCCGGGCGGCGGCGGCGGCGACCCGGACCUGGCCUGCUUCAACACGCCCUCCAACCUGGCCCGCUUCUGCCUGAUGCUGCUCGAGUUCCAGGAGCUCAAGGCCCUGCGGUUCACCGCGCGCUGGCAGAACCGCGAGUGGCGCGCCGACCCGCUGCAGGCGCGCUACCUGUGCAUCACCAGCCUCAAGCCCUACCUCAGCCUGCUGACCAACCUCACCUCGCUGGACCUGGACCUCUGCGGCACCGACAUCGCCCCCGACCUCGGCCUGCCCGUGCACUUCUGCCCGCACCUCCGGCCGCUGCUGUCGAGGCUGACCUCGCUGCGCCUGCGCCUGCGGAGCAUCUGCCACCUCGCGCUCUGGCCGCUGGACGGCCAGCCCGUGACGCUGGCGCAGCUCUCGCUCAGCCUGUACCUCGGCCGCGUCUCGGACUACAACCCCAAGCUCAACGCGAGCAGGUCGUGCUCCUCGCCCGGCUGGAUCGCUCCGCUGGACGAGAUGCGCUCGAGCAUGAAGGCCCUGGUCAAGGUGAUGGCGGAGCCCAGGCGCGCCGAGAUGGUGCACCUAGCCCCGAGUGGGGAGGUGCAUGUUUGGGAUGCGUCGACCGAGGUCUGCGUCAGAGAUUGGUCUGAGAGGCCGAGGACGUUUCACUGGGAUUUUGGGCUGGACCCCAAACGGCCUUGCUUUUCGGAAGGCGCUGAUGAGUGGCCGUGGGAUGGUGAGGGCGACGCUGAUUUCCCGUAUACUAUCUACGGCCCGGGCGGCUUCCUGGACCAUGAUGGCUCUGACGGGUCUGACAGACCAGACGAGGUGGAACCCGUGGACGAGUAUUUUGACUUUGACGAGCCCGGAGCUGUCUAAGUCCUUGCAUAUGCUGCUGCCCAUUCUUGUUUUCUUCUCAUAGAUAGAACUUGAUACCCCUGAAGUUCUUUGCGGAGUUGCGUAUCCCUAUACUCGUGCCUGGAAGGCGCACCUCAAGCAGUUCCCAUGCGGGCGAGUUUGACAUUCUCCGCCAGAAACCUCUCAAAUAUCUCUCCUGGCGUGCGGA